AUGUGCGACCCCAGGCGCGGCUGGAGCCUGUCCUUCGCGGGCUGCGGCUUCCUGGGCUUCUACCACGUCGGGGUGACCCAAUGCCUGAGCGAGCGCGCCCCGCACCUCCUCCGCGAUGCGCGCAUGUUUUUCGGCGCCUCUUCGGGGGCGCUGCACGGCGUCACCUUCCUCUCUGGGAUCCCGCUAGACAAGGUCAUUCAUAUACUCGCGGACCUCGUCUACAGAGCCAGGAGCCAGAACAUCAGCAUCCUUCACCCAUCCUUCCGCGUGAGUAAAUUCAUCCGAGAACAUCUCCACAGAAACCUGCCAGACGACGUCCACACACUCAUCUCCGGCAGAAUGUGCAUCUCGCUCACCAGAGUGUCCGAUGGGGAAAACGUGCUGGUGUCUGAUUUUCAGUCCAAGGACGAAGUUGUGGACGCUUUGGUUUGUUCCUGCUUCAUCCCUUUCUACUGUGGCCUAAUCCCUCCUUCCUUCAGGGGUGUGCGAUAUAUAGAUGGAGGAUUGAGUGACAACGUCCCCUGCUUUGAUGCCAAAACGACCAUCACCGUGUCCCCCUUGUAUGGGGAGUGUGAUAUCUGCCCUAAGGUCAAGUCCACGAACUUUCUUCAUAUGGACUUUACCAAGCUCAGCUUGCGUAUCUGCUCAGAGAAUGUCUACCUUCUGAUUCGAGCGUUAUGUCCUCCGGAUCUCAAGGUGCUCGGAGAGAUAUGCCUUCAGGGGUAUUUAGACACCAUCAGGUUCUUGGAAGAGAAUGGGAUCUACAACGUGUCUCGGCCGUGCCUGAAUUUAUCUCCAGAGGAGUCGGAGGUCCUCACGCCCACCUCGGAACCCGUGAGCCUGGACUCCCCGCCGAGCGUGGCUGCGCCGGGGAUGAAGACAGAGCAAGACGAGCUGCUGGACCACCUGCGUCUCAGCCUCCUGACCUGGGACGAGAGCGUCCUGGCAACCCUGUCGCCGAAGCUUACUGCAGUUCUGAGCGAAGCAAUUAAAAGCCAACAGGGAUACAUGAGCAAGAUCUGCAACUUCUUGCCAGUUAAGGUCUUGUCCUACGCGAUGCUGCCUUGCACGUUGCCCGUGGAGUCUGCCAUCGUGCUUGUCCACAGACUGGUGACCUGGAUUCCCGAUAUUCCUGAGGACAUCCAGUGGCUGCAGUGGGCCACCUGGCACCUGUGUUCUCGGGUGAUGACACAUCUCUUCCCCACGUUCAGAAAAAGGUGUGUUAUGUGUGUCUCUGGAGAAAAGACUGAGAACUAUUCACCAGAAGUCCUGACAGUGGUGGUCAUUAUGCCGUUUUCUGUAAUUAUACUUUAUUAGUCGUGGCUGUUUUGAAAUUUCUAUGGCAAAUAUGUAUUACUUUCAUUAGAAAAC